GGUAAUUCCGGAAUUGUCGACCUUGGCAUCAUUCCGAGUUGUUAUUCGUCUUAAAUUCGUGGAACUUUGUGUUCUCAGUCAAUCCCAAACUGACGGGAAGACUAUAUCCAAAGGGGUUGAUAAUCCCGGCACGACCCUUUUUUGAUCGUCUUUAGAGCAAUUUUAAAGUUAGUAGACUGUUUGGUGUUAGCAACUACUUGGUCGUAUUCACGAAUUAACUACCAGUUAAACUAGUUUAAAUAGGUUCCUGAAGUAAACCAGGUUAAUUAAAUAUGUCCUACGGUAGUCUCUGUUAUUUUUCGCUUUUUUUGUUUGUUGAAUUACUCCAGAAGCUGUCACUUAUCGUGAUCAUAGUCCCCCUUGGAUUUAUUUUGAUAUGUUGCUUUUCCCUUAUCUACGCUUUUGAUGUAACAUCAUCCGCUCAUAAAAUAUUUUGUGCCACAAAUACGUAAUUGUGUUAUCUUUUUGGUGUUUUUAAACUUUAGCUUUUAUAUGUUUAGCUGUAGUUUAUUCAUUUACCGUUUGAAAGUUACUCGUCGGUUUAUAAAUUAACCCUCAAUAAUUUUUCCGUCUUCAAUAAAUUCAUUUUCAUUACUUUCAUUCUACCUUAAUAAAUGUAUAUUCGUCGCACUAAUUGAUCUUGGUCACAACUCUCUCUGUGCUAAACUUGUUUUAGAUGGAUGUGGCUAAGCUUUUACACUUAAACAAUGAGAAACAGGCUAUCCUUUUGCAACUGUCUGUGGUGUGUGUCGCUGCUAUUUUAGGUAGGUUUUUGUUGAUUUCCAAUUAUGAUCAAGCUUUUGCUGUUAGAUUGUACUCUGUUAUUCGUUUCGAAUCUGUUAUUCAUGAAUUUGAUCCUUAUUUUAAUUAUCGAACUACACGUUUUAUGACUGAGAAUGGAUUUUACCAAUUUCAUAAUUGGUUCGAUGAUAUGGCAUGGUAUCCACUUGGAAGGAUUAUUGGAGGUACAAUUUAUCCUGGUAAGUUUGAGAUAUUGAAGAUAUAUCAUAGGUCUUAUGAUGACAUCGUCUUUUAUAUACUCACUACUUCAUGCUAUAAAUGUUACCAUGGAUAUACGAAACAUAUGUGUAUUUUUGGCACCUUUGUUUUCAAGGUGAGAUUGUACAAUAAUUUAUCUUCACAGUUUUACAACUUUAGCAACCUUUUUACUGACAAGUGAGAUUCAGGACACUAGUUCUGGCCUAAUAGCUGCUGCUUUGGUUGCAAUUGUACCUGGUUACAUUAGCCGAUCAGUUGCAGGUUCUUAUGAUAACGAAGGAAUCGCCAUAUUCUGCAUGAUAUUUACGUUCUAUUUGUGGAUUAAAGCUGUUAAAACCGGUUACUUGUUCUGGGCUUGCGCUUGCAGCUUAGCGUACUUUUACAUGGUAUGUUGGUUGUUCUCACGUUUACUGAUUCUAGGUUUCUUCCUGGGGUGGUUACGUAUUUUUAAUAAACAUCAUACCUAUUCAUGUAUUAAUGCUCAUGCUUACUGGGAGAUUUUCAAGUCGUGUUUACUCUGCCUACUCUACUGUAAUUUCAGUUGUUUAAACGAGCUUUUUUAUAGGUCUACGUUCUAGGCACUAUACUGUCAAUGCAGAUUAGUUUUGUUGGCUUCGCUCCUAUAAUAUCCAGUGAACAUAUAGGAGUAAGUUUUUCAUUUUUGUUGCCACUUUAGUUUUAGGCUCUCGGGGUGUUUGGAUUAUGUCAACUUUUCUCCUUUUAUACGUACCUUCGUGGGGCUUUAUCUUCUGAACAACUGUCAAUAGUUUUGCGUGUUUUUGGUUUAUCAUUGUUUGGUAUAUCGUUGAUUGGUGGUUCUGUGUUGUCUGCUACAGGAAAAAUAUCACCUUGGACUGGACGAUUCUAUUCUCUGUUGGACCCAACUUAUGCCAAGAAUCAUAUCCCAAUCAUUGCUUCUGUAGCUGAGCAUCAGCCGACCGCUUGGAGUUGUUAUUAUUUCGAUCUUCAUUUCUUAACGGUAAUGUUUCCUGGUAAGUUAAAAAAAACUUCAUUCGGCGUGCUAAUAAAAAUUCUCUUUUGAUUUUUAGUGGGUUUAUACUAUUGCUUCCGGAAAUUGACAGAUGCUAGUAUCUUUGCAAUAAUAUAUGGCGUUACAAGCGUUUACUUUUCGGGUGUUAUGGUUCGGCUUAUCUUAGUAUUAGCACCAAUAAUGUGUAUUUUGGGUGCAAUUGGAGUUUCUGGAAUUUUGAAAUCAUUUUCAGUUAAUCUUAAUGUACCAGAUAGUCAAAGUACGAAAACACCAAGUAAACUUACCGCAGCUAAUGGAUAUCCAUCUAUUCCAAAUAGUAAUAAACUUUAUAAAAAUACAGUCCAAGACUCUACUUAUCCGUUCAAAAAUACAGUAGCUUCAUUUAUGGUUCUGCUUAUAUUAUUUCUGUUAAUACUAUUCACUAGGCAUUGUAUAUGGGUUAUAUCGUCGUCAUAUUCUCAUCCAUCGAUUGUGUUAGAAACUGUAGAUGGUUUUGGUAAUCGUCAUAUAUUAGAUGAUUAUAGAGAAGCAUAUUAUUGGCUUAGAGAGAAUACAAAGGCUGAUGCUAAAGUUAUGUCUUGGUGGGAUUAUGGCUAUCAGAUUACUGCUAUAGCUAAUCGAACUGUGCUUGUGGACAAUAAUACAUGGAAUAAUACUCAUAUUGGUCGUGUAGGUCAAGCUAUGGCAUCAUCUGAAGAGGAAGCUUAUGAAAUUAUGAAAGAAUUAGAUGUUGACUAUGUACUGGUUAUUUUCGGUGGUGUACUGGGGUACAGUUCUGAUGAUAUCAAUAAAUUUAUCUGGAUGGUACGUAUAGCUGGUAGUACAGAAAAAGGUCGUCAUGUACAUGAGAAUGAUUACUAUUCACCGCAAGGUGAAAUGCGUGUAGAUGAUAGAGCUAGUCCUACCAUGCAGAACUGUUUACUGUACAAACUUAGUUAUUAUCGAUUCUGGGAAAUGAAAACUGAUAAAACUAAGCCACCUGGAUUUGAUCGUGUACGUGGUCAAGUAAUUGGGCAUCGAAAUUAUGAACUACAUGGUUUAGAGGAAGCAUUUACUUCUUCCAGUUGGCUUGUACGAAUAUUCCGGGUAAAAUCAUAUGCAAAUCGAGGAGUUAACUAAUUUUUGUAUUUUCUUUUUCAAAAUAUAUGUUUAUAUAUAAAGG